AUGGCUCUGGGGGACCGCCGCUGUCGUGGUAGGGGGUUGCUGCAAUCCGGUAGGGGAGGGCUCUCCUGGCCGAGGAACGCUGCGCGCGGUGGGUCGGAAUCACUACAAGCAUGUGAAGGAACAAAGCAAAAAACUAUAGAUGAAAGUGUUUCUGAACUUGAGCCUAAUCUUCAUGGUUUCCAUGUUCAUGCUACCACCAAUGGCUGCAUGUCCACUGGACCACAUUUUAAUCCUUCUGGGAAGGAUCAUGUGGCACCUGAAGAUGAGAUUCGGCAUCCCGGUGAUCUUGGAAAUGUGAUUGCUGGUGAUGAUGUGACUGCUAGUUUUACAAUUUUUGACAGUCAAAUUCCUGUUUCGGUGCCGAAUUCGAUAAUUGGAAGGGCAGUUGUUGUUCAUGCUGAUCCAGAUGAUCUAGGAAAUGGUGGACAUGAGCUUAGCAAGACCACCGGAAAUGCAGGAGCAAGAGUUGCAUGUGGUAUCAUUGGGCUUCAAGAAUGA